CAGUCACUCUCCUAAACCACUUGACUUAACAGCGAAAAAGUGGGAAAUUAGCCCAGCCCAUACAGGUCUCUUUUGAAAUCUUGGCCCACAGUUAUCACCUCUUUAUCUCUAUUGUCCUAUAGUCACUCCAACUAUUCGAAGCAAGAUUUCUGGUUAUGCAGAGUGGAAAGUCGAAAGAAAUAAACUGCACUAACAACGGGUUCUUCAGAUAAGGUAGCAAAUUCAACGAUUGUCAAAGAACACGAAGGUCAGGGUAAUAUGGACACUACAGGUCACUAUACGCCAGAGCAUUCCAUACAAACUGAAGACAGCUCGUCUACUGUACCCGACCAUACCACAAACACUGCAGGCGAUGACACUCGGAGACCCCAAGAGUAUUCAGCAUAUGAGGAACUUGUACAUGAGGAACCAAAGGAUUCGUCAUUAGGACUUAGCAAGCAAAUGGGGUUUACUUAUAAAGACCCAGAAACUGAAGAUUUAGACGAGAAUGUUGCUGGUACAAGGAGGACGGAGACACACACAGCCACAACUAUGAGGUCUUCAUUAGGUCCGUACGAGUCAUACGUACUUAAGGGAGCUUCCUCAGGCUCCUCUUCCUCCUCUCUUCGUUCCUUGAAAAACAAUUCUUUAACACAUCUAUCUCGUGAAAAUCCCAGUGAAAAUUCUUCCGUCCCGCACCCAGAGUAUUUACCCGAGGAAACAAGGACGCUCCCUAGUGAUCUAAUUCUGUGUGUAGAAACUCCAGUAGAUGCCUCAGGUAAUGAAUCUUCAGUUGAUGAUGAGAGAGACCUUGACAGCCCUGACCACCCGGAGAUUACAGAUUCAGCAGAAGGUGACCAGGGCAGCUAUAAUGGACGUAGGACCGCCCUGACUCUUUACAUUCAAAGGCAAAAUCUAUCCAAACAUGCGUGUUGUCAUAGGUCUUAUUUGACACAGAACGGCCCUCCUUGCUACCUUUGCUCUAUGUCAGAUAUUCCGCCAAAGUACAAGAGAGAAAAGCCUGGAUGGCAAAAGACUAAAGAGAAAUUUGCGGGUAUGUUUCAAAGUCUAGCAACUUUAGACUUUUCCCACAGAACAAGGGAUUCGCCUUCUCCUCCGGAUAUUGAAGGGAAUACAGUUACUUUCACCUUAAGUAAUGAGAUAUUAACUCAGGAUGUAAACAACUCGACCAGCGAUCCUUAUGUGACGUCUUCAAGCUCAUCCUCUCCCGAAGUGUUGUCAGUAAGUGCAGGCGAAGAAGGCAGAAGUGCCAGCAUCGACGACAUACCCAGAGUUCAUCACCAGGCCAGGGUUUCGCAUCAACAAAGUUACCAAAAUAGGUCGUAUGUAUUGUCAUCGUUGGGCGGCGACCUAGACGUUGUACACUACUCAGAGACCGCACCUACCAUACCCACCCAACACUCACUUUCUCACCUUGACUUAGUGCCUCCACCAUACACGCCACCAACCCCGGGAUCUCUUAUCUCCGGCUUGUCUCAGCAGCAACAACAACAGCUACAGCAAGAUGUACGCACCGUCUCCGAAGUAAAUGGACGUAGCUGUAUCUGCCCCCGAAACCUGCAGCACAAUAUGAUUUACUCUGCCUUGUUAGCCUCUGUGACGGCUGUAGCGGUAUUUGGAUAUGACCAGUCCUUUGUCAUCCUCGUGUGUGCCAUAAUAUUCUUCACAAUCUUCUGCUUCAUGCCGCUCAUCUUUUUAUUGGAAAAUCUACUUCGCUGGAAGACCGAGGUCUUGUUAAGGAAUGCUAUGGGACAACCGACAUCUGAAACUUUAGUCAACCCUGCAUUUUCUAUUCCAAUUCGAUGAUGAUAACACUGUGCUUCUGUUGGUAUUCCUCAGCAGUUAUUGUAUACAGUAUUGUGUUGGUAUUUUGAAGUGACACUAGAAAAUAAUUAUCAAUAUACAGGUACAUGAUUACUCUUAAAUUUAUUAUAACUCACCAAUGCAGAAUAUAAUAUUAUGUGACUCUUUGAGAUGUUAAAAAACUGGUAAUAUCAAGAUCCAAGAUAAAAAUGAUCAUAAUUGUUGUGAACAUAUAAAAUAAACCACAUGUCUGUAUCUUUAAUUUACUGUGCUGUACAGUACGUGGGUUUCACUGGGCCAAAGCUUGUUACAAAUGGGUCUUGAACAGUAUUCAAUUUUUAAUUGGUUUUGGCUUAAUGGACUAAGAUCAAUAUAUUUUUAGUACCUGUACUGUAAUCUCAGUCAGUAUCUAGAAAGACUUCAUGUAUUCAUUUGUUUUUGCAUUUUCUUUUACUUUUUUAAUAAUUUGUUCUGUAGCCGUUACUAUAGCUUUUCAAAUAGCAUUACUGUUAGCGUGUUCUACAAAUACUGUACCUGUGAUACUGCAAUGAAAUAAUUAUUUACCACAAAAACUACUCUAUACGAUUAAAUAAUUUUUAAAAACUUUGUACAGGUUAUACUGUAGUUACAUAAUACUGUACUGUAACUUAUAAAGUAUACAUAGCUCUGGUUGUAAAAUUGAAGUUAAAAGUGAAAUUGAGAGAUUAGCUUCUAUAUUAUGUCAUUCCUACUCCUGUGAACUGGCAUCUUUACACGAAAAAGAUUAGCCUUAACGUACUGUAGUUAUCAGCCAUGAACAGACUCUAAUAAACAUUUUUGCUCUCAUGUGAGGUUGGGAUUUUGCCAGUUAUUUAAGUAUGUAUGAGUAAAGUGAUAUAUAAUACUGAAAAUGACCCGCCUUACUUAAACAGUCACCUUGUUUCGUAUAUGAUCCUUUACUUGCUGUACAAAUAUGUAUUCUCAAUAAAAAAAAGUGUGUAUCGUGUAUAAUUCAUCCAUAAAUACGGCUUCAUUAAUAAAAAGGUUCCAGUAGACUCUCAUGUGUCCACCGCAAUAUAAAACAAAGUUUACAAAAACAAUAAACAGUGGCCUCCCCAUAAGUCAGCAAUGUUUCUGUUGUGCAUAGGCUGCCUUCAGAAUAUAUUAAUUUUCUUAACCUGUAUUUACUAUAUCUAUUUAUGAACUAUA